AUGAAUCAUGUGAUGCAACAAGGCGUGGGCGUGGAGCAGGUUUCAGCCGGAUUCUCGAGCAACGUUGGCGCUAGCCACCCACGCCCCCGAAUUCCAGCGCUUGCAAGAGGGCGCCAGAACGUUCCUAGUUCCGGAAACGCGAAAGUCCUCGGCUCUCCUCUUCAAUCCACCUCCACCAACCUCACAAGUCCACCUCCACCAACCUCACAAGUCCACCUCCACCAAUCUUACCGAUCCAAUUCCACCAACCUCACAAGUCCACCUCCACCAACCUCACAAGUCCAGAUCCACCAACCUCACAAGUUCAAUUCCACCAACCUCACAAGUCCAGCUCCACCAACCUCACAAGUCCAGCUCCACCAACCUCACGAGUCCAGAUCCACCAACCACACAAGUUCAAUUCCACCAACCUCACAAGUCCAGCUCCACCAACCUCACAAGUCCAGAUCCACCAACCUCACAAGUCCAGCUCCACCAACCUCACGAGUCCAGAUCCACCAACCACACAAGUUCAAUUCCACCAACCUCACAAGUCCACCUCCACCAACCUCACAAGUCCAGCUCCACCAACCUCACAAGUCCAGCUCCACCAACCUCACAAGUCCAGCUCCACCAACCUCACGAGUCCAGAUCCACCAACCACACAAGUUCAAUUCCACCAACCUCACAAGUCCAGCUCCCCCAACCUCACAAGUCCAGAUCCACCAACCUCACAAGUCCAGCUCCACCAACCUCACGAGUCCAGAUCCACCAACCACACAAGUUCAAUUCCACCAACCUCACAAGUCCAGCUCCACCAACCUCACAAGUCCAGCUCCACCAACCUCACAAGUCCAGCUCCACCAAUCUUACCAAUCCAAUUCCACCAACCUCACAAGUCCAGCUCCACCAACCUCACAAGUCCAGCUCCACCAAUCUUACCGAUCCAAUUCCACCAACCUCACAAGUCCAGCUCCACCAACCUCACAAGUCCACCUCCACCAACCUCACAAGUCCAAUUCCACCAACCUUACCAAUCCAAUUCCACCAACUUCACAAGUCCAGCUCCACCAACCUCACAAGUCCAAUUCCACCAACCUUACCAAUCCAAUUCCACCAACCUCACAAGUCCAGCUUCACCAACCUCACAAGGCCAAUUCCACCAACCUCACAAGUCCAGCUCCACCAACCUCACAAGGCCAAUUCCACCAACCUCACAAGUCCAAUUCCAUCACCAACCUCACAAAUCCAAUUCCACCAACAUUACCAGUCCAGUUUCACCAACAACCUUACUAG